UCCGCUCCCAUUGGCUGCCUGAAGAGGGCUCUCAGCAGAUAUAAGUGGGUCUGCCUUGUGUGCACGGUACUGUUGUCUGUGAACUGACAAGGAGCAGGACUGUGUCUGCGCCAUGACAACCUGUGGGAUGGAUGCUGCUGAGUUCAGAAAGAGAGGGAAGGAGAUGGUGGACUACAUUGCUGACUACUUAGAAACCAUUGAGCAGAGGGAGGUGUAUCCUGAUGUGCAGCCAGGAUAUUUGCGGUCCCUCAUCCCAAAUGAGGCUCCUGAGGAACCUGACGCCUAUGAAGAUGUUGUCAGGGACAUUGAGAGGGUGAUCAUGCCUGGGGUGACGCACUGGCAUAGCCCUUACUUCUAUGCCUACUUCCCCACGGCUAACUCUUAUCCUGCUAUGCUGGCGGACAUGCUCUCUGGUGCUAUUGGGUGUAUUGGCUUCUCAUGGGCUGCCAGUCCAGCCUGCACUGAGCUGGAGACCGUCAUGCUGGACUGGUUGGGCAAAAUGCUCAAUCUCCCGGAUGCCUUCCUGGCCGGAACCACUGGACUGGGUGGGGGUGUUAUUCAGGGCACUGCCAGCGAGGCCACGCUCGUAGCUCUGCUGGCCGCUCGCUCCAGGAUCGUCCAGAAGAUCCAGGCCGACAGUCCAGAACGCGAAGAGCUAGACAUCAUAUCCAGACUGGUAGCCUAUUCCUCUGAUCAGGCACACUCAUCAGUGGAGAGGGCGGGGCUUAUUGCUGGAGUGAGGAUGAAGAAGAUACCCACAGCAGUAAGUAAGAAGUUUGCAGUCCACGGAGAGACAUUCAGCGCUAUGCUGAAGGAAGACAAGGAGGCCGGACUCAUUCCUUUUUAUUUUUGUGCCACGCUUGGCACCACCCCAUCCUGUGCCUUUGACUGUAUUACUGAACUGGGUCCCAUAUGUAAAGCAGAGAAUAUGUGGAUGCACAUUGAUGCUGCAUAUGCGGGGAGUGCCUUCAUUUGUCCAGAAUUUAGGCCUCUUCUGAAUGGUGUAGAGUUUGCAGACUCCUUCAACUUCAAUCCUCAUAAGUGGCUUCUGGUGAACUUUGACUGCUCUGCCAUGUGGGUGAAGAAGCGAGCAGAUAUCAUUGGGGCUUUCAAAAUGGAUCCCCUGUAUCUGAAACACGAUCAUCAGGAAUCAGGGCUGGUCACAGACUAUAGACACUGGCAGAUCCCGCUGGGGCGUAGGUUCCGCUCUCUGAAGAUGUGGUUUGUGUUCCGCCUGUACGGACUCAAGGGCCUACAGGCGUACAUCCGAAAGCACGUGGAACUCGCCAAGGAGUUUGAGAGGCGGGUCCGAGAGGACCAGCGCUUUGAGAUCAGCGCAGACGUUGUUCUGGGCCUGGUCUGUUUCAGGAUGAAGGGGUCAGACGAAAAGAACAAGACGCUGCUGAAAAGGAUAAAUGCCGCCCGCAAGAUCCACCUGGUGCCCUGCCAGCUGGCCGGCAGCUUUGUUCUACGCUUCGCCGUCUGCGCCCGGACCACAGAGUCCCGCCACGUGCAGGAGGCUUGGUCUCACAUAUCUGAAAUCGCCUCAGAGAUUCUGCAGGAACUGCCAAACUAACCCCGGGCCACAAGAGGGCACUGCCCAGUCACUGUAAUGUUUACAUGCCAAACAUCUUGCCUCUCAGCCGAAUGUGUCUGUGUGCAUGUGUCUCUGUGUGUACAGUAAGUACAUGUGUAAAUGUGUGUGUGCAAGUCUCUGAAAGGUGGCCUAUAUGUCCAGUCACCCUCUUGUUUGUGGUGUAAACUGCAGGUGAAUUUUGUCUAGAUUGCUUCCACUUCGAUUUGCAUAAUUUGAGGAUUUAUUAUUCAGCCCAGUUCAACACUGAUAGUGUCAAAGUUUUAAAUGAAGAGAUAUGACUGCACUUUGUCUCCAUGUACUGACACCCCCAUGGCUUCCCGCUUAUCUGACCAUCUGUACCUAUAAUGGUGGGCUGUAGCCUGGUUGAUGGAUUUCAGUUGGAUUCACUGCAGCAUGUGAUUCUUGUCAAACUGAAUUUCUGUCUGUGCCUGAUGAAGGUUGUGAGUACUGACAGCCCAGAAUAAUCACUUCCCCUCAGGGUUUGUGUGUAGCCAACACUGAACACCUCUACCGUUCUUCUGUAGCUUUCUCUCUUUCUAUUUAAUCUUUCAAUCUGCUACACUUUCCCACCUCAAAUGGAUAUGACCUUGUGACCCUGUCAGGAGAGGAGAGGGAUAGGACCCUGUCAGGAAAGAGGAGAGGGAUAUGACCCUGUCAGGGAGAGAGGAGAGGGAUGUAACACUGUCAGGGAGAGAGGAGAGGGAUGUGACACUGUCAGGGUGAGAGGAGAAGGAUAUUACCCUGUCAGGAGAGGUGAGGGAUAUGUCCCUGUCAGGAAGAGGGGAGAGAGAUAUGAUCCUGUCAGAGAGAGAGGAGAGGGAUAUGACCCUGUCAGGGAGAGAGGAGAGGGAUAUAACACUGUCAGGGAGAGAGGAGAGGAAUAUGACCCUG